GAACUACAAGUCCCUAACACCAUGUAGUUUGACGUAUCACACAUCAGAAGGCUUUUGGCUAGAAACUUGUGUUUAUUUUCUUUAGCGGACACCAAGUUAUCCUUGGUUCUAUCGUUAUUCUUGACAGGUACACAGUUGAAUAUAUAAAUCGCUGUGUAAUACCGAAGAAAGUCUAAAACUUGUUACAAAACGGUCCCUUGGACGAUAAAUACACUAGCGUUGGGGUUAGUAGUUAGCUAAUGCUGUAGCUAAUUAGCUAGCUAGCAACAACAAGGAAAGAUGGGGUCGAUUCUUAGUCGGAGAAUUGCUGGCGUUGAGGAUAUUGAUAUCCAGGCGAAUUCUGCAUACAGAUUUCCACCGAAAUCGGGGAAUUACUUUGCCAGCCAUUUUUUCAUGGGAGGGGAGAAAUUUGACACUCCCCAUCCAGAGGGUUACCUAUUUGGAGAAAACAUGGAUCUGAACUUCCUUGGAAAUAGGCCUGUACAAUUUCCGUACGUGACCCCGGCACCCCAUGAGCCUGUGAAGACCCUGAGAAGUCUGGUCAAUAUCAGAAAGGACUCCCUGCGCUUGGUCAGGUACAAAGAUGACACUGAUGCUCCAGUAGAGGAAGGAGGGAAGCCAAAGGUUCUGUAUGGUGUGGAGUUCACAUUUGAUGCUGAUGCUCGUGUGGCUAUCACCCUUUAUUGCCAAGCUUUUGAGGAAUUCACCAAUGGGAUGGCAAUGUACAACCCAAAGGGCCCAGCCCUGGUUUCUGAGACUGUACACUAUAAGAGGGGUGUGAGCCAACAUUUCUCCCUGCCUUCUUUCAAAAUCGAUUUCACCGACUGGAAGGAGGAGGAUCUGAACUUUGACCUGGACCGGGGUGUUUUCCCCAUGGUGAUCCAAGCUGUGGUGGAUGAAGGGGAUGAUUGCUUUGGACAUGCACAUGUGCUGCUGGCAGCCUUUGAGAGACAUGUGGAUGGCAGUUUCUCCGUCAAGCCUCUGAAGCAGAAGCAAAUUGUGGAUCGUGUGAGCUACCUGCUGCAGGAGAUCUAUGGAAUUGAAAACAAAAACAACCAAGAGACCAAGCCGUCGGAGGAUGAGAACAGUGACAACAGCAAUGAGUGUGUUGUUUGUCUGUCAGACCUCCGAGACACCAUCAUCCUGCCCUGCAGACACCUGUGUCUCUGCAACUCCUGUGCUGACACCCUGCGUUACCAGGCCAACAACUGUCCUAUCUGCAGACUGCCCUUCCGAGCCUUGCUGCAGAUCAGAGCUGUGAGGAAGAAGCCUGGGCCGCUGUCCCCUGUGUCUUUCAGCCCUGUACUGGCUCAGACCAUGGACCAUGAUGAGCACUCGAGCUCAGACUCGGUUCCCCCAGGCUUUGAGCCCAUCUCUCUGCUGGAGGCCCUGAACGGCCUGCACUCUGUGUCCCCCUCCAUCCCCCCCGCCCCCCUCUACGAUGAUAUUAACUUCUCUGGGAGCCUGGUAGGGGAGGGCCGGCCGCUGGGCUCCCCAGAACACUCCGGUGACGGGGGCCUGCAGAAGGGCAAAGUCAGCAAGUCACCUGACAGCACCCUGAGGUCGCCCUCAUCACCUAUCCAGGAGGAGGAUGAGGAGAAGCUGUCUGAGAUGUCGGACGCCCAGCCUCACACACUGCUCUCCAGCAGCCCUGCUCCCACCGAGGCCACUGCAGCCGAGGAUGUACUGGAGUCCAUCUCCCCAGAUGAUGAGGACAGGCUGCACUCUGGAGGAGAGAGAGAGAUCCUUCAGGACUACAGCAGUGAACACAGCAGCCUGACCAAAACAGAGAGUGACCCGCCAGGGGACCUGUCUCUGCCAGCUCUAGGUCCUGAUGCCUGCUCUAUUGGUAUGGAGGAAUAAAUGUGGGUCAUCAGAGAGCCUGAAGAGUCAGAGUACCAACUGCUCCAGCCAGCCCCUCCUGUGCCCCCCCAGCAGCCUUCACAUGGAGGAUGAGCAACUUGACCCCUAACCUCUGGGCCCAAUGGUUCUCCCUCUCUGGCUGAGUCCCAAUUCACUUUCUCGCAUGUAUUUGACAAUGGUGGAAACUCCCUCCAGUCAAUAAUUACACCAAUCCAAUGCUUUUAAAUCCAUGACGGGGAGUGUGAAAGUGCACAUUUAGCCUAAAGGAUGAAUAAUUGGGACAUAGCCAUGGUCUCCUCCCAAGCCCAUCCCUCCCCCAUGAUCCAGUCCCCUUGGGCCUUGUAGAAGACCACUUUCCUACUUUAGUCAUCGAUUCAUGCCAUAACUGGCAUUGAUUCAAAAUGUGUUUGUGGUGGUCACUGCAAGGAUUUACUAAAACCAUACUAUACCUUAACUAAAAAACAACAAGUCCUUAAUUAGAUUGCUUUACAUUCAGUUGAAGUCGGAAGUUUACAUACACCUUGGCCAAAUACAUUUAAACACAUUUUUUCACAGUUCCUGUCAUUUAAUUCUAGUAAAAUUCCCUGUCCUAGGUCAGUUAGGAUCACCACUUUA